AUGGAACUACGGGGGGCUGCCUCCUCCAAAGGCAGUCCGGAUACUCGAAGCAUUCUCACUUCAACAAUGGCCAAAAUUAGCACUGGUACCAGCUCCCCCCGCAAGUCGUCCUUUCUGCAGCUGCAGUCAAUUCCGCCCCCCCUGCGGCCGCUUGUACGCGCAUACCUGUUGGGCUAUGCGUCUGCCGUACUGCCGCGACUCUUGACGCUUGUCUUGCAGCAUUUGUCCAACAGGAAGCGGAAGACGCCCAAUUACGCAUUACCGGAAAGAGACGAGAACACCUUUUUGGAAUCCGCAAAACAUGUUCUCAAGACUGGCUUGGAUCCUUGCCGAUUUCCCACGUUUUGUGCUGCCUUGGUUGGAGGUGCCACUCUAUUACAGGCACCCUUGAACAAGAUCAUAACCCGCGCCGCCACAAACCUUGGCAGUGUUGCCAAACUAAGAUUUCUUGCCACGUUCGUUUCUGCUUGGUUUAGUCUAAAGCUGUUACAGUCUAAAAAGCCUACAUUGCGAAGGCGCGCCGGAUCAUCUACAACUCGAUACGUCGAUCCCGCAACCGGCAAGAAACUUGCUGGGAGAACGGUGGACCUGACACUGUUCGCGGCAACGCAGGCCAUAGACGUUAUUGUCGGCGAACUAUGGGCACGACACAAGAGCCGGCGCCUGGCCGCGCAAAAAUGGACCAAGGUCGAGGCUUUCAUCUCUCAAAUGACUGACCCAGUUUCAUUCGUAGCAUCCUGCGCGCUCAUCAUGUGGGCUUGGUUCUACGCUCCUGAUAACCUCCCACGGGCAUACAACAAGUGGAUCACAUCAGCUGCCCACGUAGAUAUUCGCCUCAUUGAAGCACUGCGCCGUUGUCGGACCCGCGAGUUGAGUUAUGAGAAGGAAACAGGUCAGGCACAUCUCCUUGGCACCAUGUGUACAGACCAUAGCCUGCCUUACGAAUGGGGCGAUCCAUGCAAAACUAUUCCAUUUCCUUGCGAUAUAGUUCAUAUGGGACGCGGCCCAUCGUGCGAAUAUCAUGCCUGGCGACGAUUCUGGCUCUCCUGGAAGUGGUCAAUGUAUACAUACCUCCCUCUCGCCUUGGCCCUACAAUUGCGUAAGCCGAAUCGCGACUCUCUCAGGACCGCACUCCUCUCAGCCGCCAGAUCAUCUGCCUUCUUGGGCACUUAUAUUACGCUAUUCUAUUACGGCGUCUGUCUUGGCCGAACCCGCAUUGGCCCCCAUUUACUGGGAAAGGAUGUCGCUUGUCGACAGAAGAUAGAUGGCGGGUAUUGCGUGGGCGUAGGCUGCUUCCUCUGCGGAUGGAGCGUCUUGAUCGAGACUGCAAACCGAAGGAAAGACAUGGCCCUAUUUGUUGCGCCCCGUGCAAUGGCUACGCUGCUUCCCAGGCAGUACAAAAUGGAGGUGCAGUGGAGAGAAACGCUGGCGUUUGCCUUGAGCACGGCAGUGGUUUUUACCUGUGCGAGAGAGAACCCAAGGAGGGUGAGAGGCAUGUUGGGUGGAAUAUUGGGACUUGCAAUGAAAGAAAUCGAACAGAGCGAAUCGGUUACUCCAGUAGAAUACGUUGGAUACAACCCCUUUCCGGUCAACAACUUCAUCUACAAGGUUGCGCUCUCUUCGCCCGCUACCAAGGAGCAUUUCACGAGAGCAGGACACCAGACAUGUGCUGUAUUGCCCCCUUUGACAGGUGAAUCUACUGUCAUUGUGAGGUUGAGCAAUCCGACGUCUAUGGGGAUGAAUAACACGAACCGCGUGGAGAAUGAAGUUUGUGCCAUGGCGGUGGCAAGGGAAGCCAUGGCGAGUGUUGAGGGAGGAAGGUAUGAUGCCAUAGUGCCUCGUGUUUAUGCGUGGAAGAGCACUCGAAUGAUGGCCGGAGAUGCUCCCGAGCAAGGAUUUGGGUGGAUAGUCAUGGAGUACAUGGAGGGUGAGGUGUUGGAUAUGCUAUUCGGGGAUAUGAAGUGGGAUGAAAAGAAGAGGGUCAUUGGCGAGAUUGCGUGCAUUUUUGCGGCUUUCCAGAAGGCGAAAUUGCCCCAACGAGUCGAGCUCCAUGGAGGAAUGACAGUUCGGGAUGGAGAUAUUGUUUCGGGGCAGGCUACGAUGCACAAGGGCGAGCCGUCGGGAUACGUUGGCCAUUGGAAAGCCAGAAUCGACCACGCGUUGGAGCAAGCUGACGAGAGCACGCUCAUCAACGGUUGGAAAGGAGGCGUCCGCGAAAGAAUUGAAAAGUUCAAAAAUGACAAGUUGGGAGUUCUUAUCCACAACGGAGAAGUCGAUACGACCUUGCUUGGACUUGUCCACAACGAUUUCACGCUUCUAGACUUCGACUGGUCGUCCGUCACCCACCCCGCGCACGAAUUCUUCACGUCCUUUCGUGACGUACACGGCAGGGUCGAUGAAGCUUCCGAAAAGCUGCGCAAGGCCAUUUUUAGCGGCGACUUUGGUAACCACCCUGAUGAAGAUGAAGAUCAAGAAGCGUGGAAGUUGGCAAAGACGUGGGAUGAUGCCCUCAAGCAGCAUGGUGGAAUGAGACCUUGUGACUUCCAGGGAAUAGAGUUAUUGCAAGGGCUCUGGAACUUUGUUUACUCUAUCUGCCCGUUUGAGUUGGGCAGCAAGGUUAUGCUCUUUCGAAGAUCAAAGAAGGAGAGUGAGGCUGCAAAGGAGAGGGUUGAGGGCCAGAUUAGCAAGAUGUUGAGCGGCUGGGGCGUCUGA